AGAAGGCGGAGGAUGAAGAGAAGGUGAACUGAGCUGAAGACGCGCUGGACGGAAGACUUCUCAUCGGUGUGUCAGAUUCUUUGUAGUUUUAAUUUGAUUUUUUUUUCUUGGUAGUGCAUUUGACAACUACCAGACGUACUAAACACAUUUUUCAUUGGAUAUAACUCGAAAAUUUAAAUGAAUUUUAAAGCAGUUGUUAUUUUCUGCUGUUAAUAGAAGAGUCUCAGUGACAGAGCCAUGCUCGGUCUACAGCUCCCCCUACUGGUCGUUUGUGCGUACCAGCUGCUGCCAGGCGGCCAGAGCAGGAUCAUCGGGUACAGCAAUGGUUUUCACUACCAGGACAUCAGCAACGGGGACGGAAACGGAGAGAUUUUCUUCAAUGGGAUUCGUCUCCAUGUGGAAUCGCCUCAGCCUUCAGUUUCAGCCACCAGAGGAAGCAGCGUCACGCUUCCCUGUCGCUACCGCUACGAGCCUGAACUGAGCAUGCCCCGCAGGACCCGGGUCAAAUGGUCCUGGCUGCCUGCUAACACCAUCACUACAUCUCUUUCCCCUGAAGCCUUGACCAGAGAAACUGAGGUUAUGGUCGCCAUGGGCAACCGUCAUCGCAGCUACGGCAGCUUCAGGGGCCGCGUGCGACUUAGACGCUCUGCCCCAGGAGACCUGUCCCUUGUGAUCAAUGAGCUGCAGCUGAACGACACAGGAAGGUAUCGCUGUGAAGUAAUUGAUGGUCUGGAGGAUGACAGCGCCACAGUAGAGCUGGAGCUGAAUGGUGUGGUAUUCCCCUAUUACUCCCAGAAAGGACGCUACCAUUUCAACUUCUUUGGGGCCCAGCAAGCAUGCCAGGACCAGGACGCCACUCUGGCUACCUUUGAGCAGCUCUUUGUAGCAUGGGAGGAGGGGCUAGACUGGUGCAACGCUGGCUGGUUGGCUGAUGGCACUGUACAGUAUCCAAUCACAGUCCCUCGUGAUGGCUGUGGAGGUUUACAAUUAGCUCCUGGUCUGCGCAGCUAUGGACAGCAGCAUCGCUUCCUCAACCGCUAUGAUGCCUUCUGCUUCUCAGCUUCAGUCAAAGGGGCCGUUUACUUCUUGAAACACCCGACUAAGCUUAACUUUACUGAAGCGGUCCAGGCUUGUGCCAGGGAUGGAAGUCAAAUCGCCAAAGUAGGCCAGAUGUAUUCUGCGUGGAAGCUGAUGGGAUUGGACCGCUGUGAUGCCGGCUGGCUGGCGGAUGGAAGUGUCCGUUAUCCUAUCACACAUGCUCGAGCUAACUGUGGUCCACCACAAACAGGUGUGCGUAGCUUUGGGUUCCCCCCUCUGUACCAGAAAUUUGGUGUCUACUGUUAUCGGUAGAUGCUCUGACUCGGCUUGAGACAACAACACAUCCAUCUAACAGUGAACUGGUUCAAAGCUCGUCUGCAGGUUCGCAUUGAGUUGUCACGCUUCAUCUUUACAAAACCAGUGUCUCAGUACUGAACUUGAAUACCAGUCAACAACUGUGUGAAAACUAUGCAUUCGUCAUGUGAUUCCACUUGAACUCUAAAACAUGACAGAAGUAUGUGAAUGCAGGAACAUUACAUCCAUAAGUCACUGGUAAAGCAUC